GCCUGGCCAUUCACAUCUGAUUCGACCUGAACGUGCUACCCAGGAGUGGCAAGCCUGUCUGCUCCAUCCUUCACUACACACUACACACCCACCUUGCUCGACCCUGUCAGAGUUUAGAUCGCUCCGUUCGAUCGUCUCCAUCGUGCCGCUGCCGACUGUCCAAAGCUAUAUACAAAGCUUGUCGGCCUCCACUGCUUUGGCCUCCACUGCUUUGGCCUUCACGCUCGAGUCAGAGUGCCAAGUACACUGCACCUCACUUCAAGUCUCACCACCCCAGACGCCACGAUGGGUGACCAGUCCAUGCGAGACUAUGGCAUUGCCGCACCCCAUGGACCUAACAUGGGCGGCCAGCAUGUCGCUACAGCCGAUUUAUCGAACAUGCACGCCAACGAGGCAUCUGUAUUCAGAUCGCUACUGCUACCCGACGACAGCUACGAUGAGAAUGGAACAUACUGGGCCGACAUGCCGAUCGGAAAGCGACUCAAGUUCGUCAAUCACAUCGACUCGCAAGAGGCCAAGAAGGAACUCCAAAGCAUUGGACGAAUGGUGAAGGCCGAUCCACUUUCGCCAGUUGGCUACUAUAUGCGAAAUAUGGUCAUUCCUGGUAUGGGUUUGCUUCUUGAAGGUUACGUCCUGUUCUCUAUCGGCAACGUCAAGCCCUUGUUCCAGGCUGCAUUCCCAGGCUGCUGGAAGAAGAACACGGUCUGCGACAUCACCUGGAUUCAAGCUGUCGACUACCUCGAGAUCUGUGGUAUCAUUGUUGGUCAGGUGGUUGUCGGAAUCCUUGGUGACUGGCUCGGUCGACGAUGGGGUCUCAUUCAGGACGCCGUCAUCAUGUUCUUGGGACUCAUCAUGCUCACAGCGUCUUGGGGUGUCACACUCAAUGGAUGGGUCAUCUGCUACGUCUGGUCGCUCUUCUUCUACGGCAUUGGAGUGGGAGGCGAGUACCCCAUGACUGCGACUUCUGGUAUGGAGAACGCUGUCGGCUCUGGUAAGAUCUCCACCCGUGAGGAUCGCCUGCAUCGUGGCCGUAAAGUGACUUCGGCAUUCUUGAUGCAAGGUUGGGGACAGUUCUUCAACCAGGUCAUCCUGAUCUUGCUGCUCUUGAUCUUCCACGGCGGAAAGUCGAGCGCUCCCUAUGGAAAGACCCUCGUGCAAUGGACCUACCGUAUAUCCUUCGCAAUUCCUGCCGCUGGCACACUCUGGCUCGUCUACUACCGUACCUAUAAGAUGCGAUCUGCUUCGAAGCAGCUCCAAGCCGCCAAGAAGAAGCAGUCAGUUACCGGGUACGAUGUAAAGUCGAUGGGCCUCACCUUCACCUACUUCGGUGGUCGUGUUUUCGCAACUGCUGCGGCUUGGUAUGCCAACGACGUCUUCUUCUACGGCAACAAGCUCUUCCAAAGUGAGUUCAUUGCCACAAUCUCCGGUCAGACUACAUCCGUGAUGGUCAACUGGCUUUGGAACCUGCUCAACAUCGGUGUCUCUCUGGUCGGCUACUACCUCGCCUCAUUCCUGAUCGAUAACAAGAAUUACGGUCGCAAGUGGAUGCAAAUUGUCGGCUUCAUAGGAGAUUUCAUCUGCUUCGUCAUCCCAGCUUUCAACUACCACUACUAUGCCGAAGGCGCUGGUGUCCACAAGUUCAUGGCCAUGUACUUCAUCUCGUCCUUCUUCAACCAGUUUGGGCCGAACUCGGUCACUUUCUUGGUCGCCGCUGAGGUCUUCCCGACGCCAGUCCGUGCCUCCGCUCACGGAUUCAGCGCUGCCUGCGGUAAGCUUGGCGCUCUUACAGCUGCAGUGUUGUACAACUACAUCGACAUCCCGACACGCUUCCUUGUGGUGCCAUGGUUCGGUCUUGCGGGCGCUUUGAUCACUUUCGUCUUCCUUCCAGAUACCACCGGUCUUGAUCUGAAGGAGCAAGAACGCCGAUGGGCAUACAUUCGCGCCGGCCGUGAACACGAAUACCAUGGCGUUGCAGUUCACCCACAGCAUCUCUCUCUGUGGGAGCGCAUGUGGGGUCUCAGCAAGAACUACAAUGCUGAGGAGGAUUACAAGCAGCGAGUUGAGGAGAUGCGCACCGAUUGGGAGGCCGCGAUGGCGAAGCGGGCUGCUGAGAAGGAGCACGGAGAUGAUGUUCCCGACGCAGAUGACUGGAGCUCAGAGGUCAGCACAUUCUUUGAGCGUACAAGAGGCCAGAAGAGUGGACAAAGCACAUUCAAGCAGCAGCAGCAGCAGCAGAACGGUGGUGGGCUCAACGGGCAUGCCAAUGACUCACCGAAUGGCAACUCCAUCGAAGAGGAGAAGGAGUUGAAGCAGUAGUUUUUGCACUGAUGUUCGAGGCAUUUAGACCGUAAACUAGCGCUGGCUAGAAUUACAUCGGUGGUGUAUUGCAUAUGGUACAUGAGGUGUCCGGCAGACUAGACUGUAUAGCAGAACAAUGGCGCUCGUGGCUGC